GGGUGGUGCCCCUUGGAAUCGUCACCCGGCCAAUGUUCUACCUCCCCAUCCCAACCAAGCUCUUCAGCCUAGUUUUUCAAAGAAUAUGACGGAUGAUUUAUGCCUAUCUGCUUAAAUUUGAGCAUAGAGUGCCCCCGGGGAUCAUCAUCAACGGGAGGAAUUGGCGGUAGCUCAUAAAAGUAGUCAGGAGAGCAGAUACUAGUCCGAGAUGGAGGAUACUUGAUAUCUGGUUGAAUUUCGGCGUCCCGGGACAUGUUGGUGGCGUGCAAAAUUUCCAUUGAUGUUUGGUCAUCACGGUUGGUUGUGACUAGUUGUUGGUGGUACCUGCCCUGCUCUGUUCGACAUGCUGUGCCAAAGAGGGAAAGAACGCUGCGCAGACACUCGGCAAUACCUUCGCCUUGUGAAGUUUCAUGUGAGUGGAAGUAAUACCAAGCCUGAUUUCUUGAGUGAGAAACUAUAGAAAUAAUGAUUCACUCCCACAUUCCCACUCAAUCAUGUUUUGUCGUUCUUGUCUUGCCGACAACCUCAUGGUCACCAAUUCAGGGGGAUAAUCAUCAAAGGAACCCUAACCCUCUCAACCUCACCCAUGCAUGCCAUGCGACCCCUGUUCGCCGGCUGAUGAACCCUUCGGAAUCAUGCCGGGGCAUUCAGGGUAUGGGUUUAGAAAUCAGCAACGAUGGCGGGGUGUUUUGUCUCUCGUUUAAUUCCAGUUGUGUUGACGAAUGUCUCGAACCUUUGUUGCAGACUUUCGAGGUUGAAAUGUCUUGGAAAAAGGCUGUCGAUCUGCGGCCCUCGUCUUUUUGCUUCGGGGAAAUUGUCGAAAUUGAACUUACAGAAGCCGAUGUGGCCCGUGCCCCUCCCUUUGCCACGGCAGCGUCAAUUGAUGAUCCCGUCCUUCCCGCUCUGCCGCGUCUAACGGCGUCAAGCCAGCUGCCAUAGUACCCAUUCCCUUCCAUCUUGCCAUUUCAUGAACAGAUUCCAACUGUGUGGAUUGCGGGCUUGCGUGUUGUCGCUGGCCCGCUGGCUGGGCUGAAUGAGACUGGGGCGGGAGAGGAGAACCGUUUGCUGCAUGGCGCCGUAGAUCAUGUCAUGGCGGCCAUGGUAGGCUCGUCUGGUGGCUCGGCAGGGCAGUUCAUCAUGAUAGGUGCCAGCAGUUUCACGCUUCCAUGCCAUUGUGGCAUUGCUUGCCCCUCCAAUUCUUCAAGCCUUUUGGGUAAUAGGUAGGUAAUCUUCCAUCCCCUGAAGGCGACAUGACUUGGCGUCAUUUUCUGUGUAUUUCAUUUCAAGACAUUGGGCAGGAUUUCAUCAAAGGGUGAAAGUGAAUUUUCAUACACUACUGCCAAGUCGAGGUUUUGUCGC